AUUGAUGCCCGGCUUUCACAGUGCCAUCUUCCAGCACCUUGAGCCAAAGCGGCAGCCCCAGAGACCCGUGGCCAUCGGAGGGCAUCUCAGCGGCUCCUGCCCCCCCAGGGUGGUCCCCCGACAUUCUGGUUUGCAGGACCCUGUCGCCUCGCAGGGCCCCAGCAGCAGUAGGCUCAGACUGGGGGCUUGGGGAAAGCAGGAGCCUGGGUCAGCCAACUGUUUUCCCCCACGAGGCUUCCAGAGGGGUUAUCUGGCUGUGGGCAACACCGGGUGGAACCCAGAUCCCAUGAGUCCUGCCCGUCUCCCAGGAAGAGGCCAACGGGGCCACAUGGAUAGAGUCCUCCCUUAUACGGGGGCUACCGAUGGAGGGUGUGCGGGCGAGGGACGGAGCAAGUGGCCACAGAUGCAUCUGCGCUCCGGCUCCGUAGCCUUGAUCUCUCUCUGCCCAUCAGCCCAGCCCCGGAGGAGAAUUAGGGAGGGGGGUUAUCCUCCAAGCAGGGCAGGGGUCGGGCGUUCGCCCCUCCCCAGUAACAACACCCCCCACCAACACCCACAGAGAAAUUCUGGGGUCGGACCUCAAACCUCCUUGGCCGCCAAAACCUGCGCCGCGGACACUCCCUGCCAAAAUGCAAGACCAGCUUCCUCUCGCAGGCUGAGCGGAAAGGGGAAAGGUAGAAUCUUAGAACCCCGGCGUGACCCGCGCCAGGCAGGACCAGGGGAAACUCCAAACAGAACCCGUCAAACCGAGGUCUUCCUGGGCCCCUGGUGUGCCAGGUGGGGAACUGAGCCGAGUGAGGAAAAGCGCGCAGAGGCCAGGCCGGGACCCAGGCGGCUUCGUCCGCAUGUGGCCCGGGUCCCCCUUCCGCCCGCGUUCCCCGGCCUCAGACCCCGCCGGCGACCCGCGCCGACCUCUGACUGCGCCCCGAGGGAGGCCCGGACCCCUAGCCUGCAGGACGGCGCGCCGCCCCUCCCCGCUGGUCCAGGCGAGCGCCUCGCUUCCCCUCCCCCCUUCCCGCCUCCCCGGCCCGUGUCCCCGCCUUCCCCGCGGGCGACGGGCGGCGGCGGCGGCGGGAGGAGCGGGCCGAGCCGAAGCUUCCUGGACCUUGCGCGGAGCGAUGUAGCGAACCAGCGGGCACCCGAGCUGCGCGCACUGCUGGAGACGCAGCUGGAUCUGGGGCCCCAGCCGAAGUCGAAACCUCAGGCAGAGUCCGUGGCUAGCGAGCCCGGAGCCGAAGAGCCGCACACGCAGCGCAACCCGCGUGGGGCACCCCAAGAGGGCAGCAGCCCCGGGGGCGCGGGCCCCAGCCCUGCUAAGGGCACAGCCCAGGACGCCCUUCGCAGCCCCUCGCGGAGGCGCAGGCCUCCGGGGACCUCUAGGAAAAAGGGCAGGCGAGAGGGCCGCCCGCCGCUUCCCGUUGCGCCGCGGAAUGGGGGCCCCAGCACGAGCAAAAGCGCUGGCCCCUCUGCACGCCUGGGGACUUGAGCCGCAGCUUCGCGUCAAGAGGGUAUUUUUUCUAAACGACACCGCUUCGUUCGUUGGUUCGUUGGUUCCUUCGGGCGGCUAUGCCGCAGAAAAGCAACAGACACCGGCCAGAGCCCCGGCUCUCUUCACCAAGGACCCCGACGUCCCGCCGCCGUGCUCCGAGGCGCCCCCAGCCCACGGCGGCCUGCCCUCGCCCGCAAGAGUCAGGCUUUUUCUUACCCAGACAGAAACCCCAAAUGCUCUUCGCAAAAUCCAAUAAAGACACUCCCGCGGCUUCUCCGGGGUUUGGUUGUUCACGAAGGGUUCCCCGGCACACAGCCGCUUCUCUAGAACCGGGUCUUGGAAAUCUGAAAUUGACCAGCCGGCUCUGAGCCGUUUCGGCCAGGGUCAAGCGAGGGCCCCGAGGCCGGCAUCGCAGAAAUGGGAACCCCAGGCUGGAAUCCGGUUCCAAGGUUUUCCGAUUCAGGAAUCCCCUGAAUCUAAAAAUAUUUGAGCCCACUUUUCUGAGAAGGCUUGGGUAUUCUGUUGGCAACCCAGGGGACUCUGACAGCCACCGGGCCCAGAGGAAGGCAGUCCCAGGUUGCUGCCCCUUUGGCCAAAGACACAGGUCUAGGGUAAUGGUUAAAGCUACAGGCUGCAGAGGCAGCAGGGGAGGGGGGACUCGCCGACUCCCUCCCCUUUCCUCAUACUGCUUGGAACUCUUCAUCUCUGCUCGGAAAAGGAAAAGAGGCAGACGGGGGGCAUGGAGACCAGCCUGCCAGGACUCUGGGGUGCAGGGGAAGCAUUGUUGCUUCUCCAGCCAUACUCAGAGUGCCCUUCUCUCAGGAAAGCAGGUCUUGGGAAGAGGAGGCUAGAGUAAUGGCUUUAGCUGACCCUCUGCUCCCAAGUUGCGUGACCAGCCUCGGCCAUUCGCCCACCCUUCUCCGCCCCUUGGCUCAGCCAUUCUCAGGAACCAGAGAACGACCCGUGAGUGGACUCCGUGAGCCAUGAGGCCAGCCCUGCCAGCUGGUGCUAGAAUUCCGAGUUCCAUGCUCCCAUAGGCACCCCACUCAGCCAUCCUGCCUGAGUACAUCCCAGGUUUCUGCACCAGGACAGGCUCGGGAAGCCCAGGUAUCAGGAAGGCUCAAGCUGGGAUCCUUGGAAACCUAAAGAAUCCAGUGAGAUGGUUCCCUGCCCCACCUGAGCACCCCUUUACCCCUUCACCCAGUAAUUGCUUGUAUUCAAAGAAACAAGAGCUUUUAUUGGAGAGGGGGUAGAGCAGACAGAAGGAGGUAGGUGGUCCCAGAUGCACUCCCAAAACUGGGUUUUCUAGUUUGAACUUCUCCACAGCCUAAGAGGCUUAGGGUUGGAAUGUCCCAGAGAGUCAUGGAUGGCCUCGAGGGCAAGCCACGGCACAUUCCUUCUUUUUUCCUAAAAUCCCUCGAUUCUAAUGCAAAGAUUAGGACAGGGUACCCACC